GCAUGCGCACGAAGCCAGGUGCCUGCCGGCUUGUGAACAGCCGGCAGCAUCGCACGCGGCCCGGCGUUCUCAUGGUGCUGUGUCAGGGCGCCGAGGCUGCGGCUGUUGCCCCCGCGGCGGGGAAGGAGCCGGAGGGGCCGCGGGGCCAGGAUGACGGUGCGGACACGGGGCGGCCCUGCCUGCAGCCGGCGCACGGCGUGGAGGCGGCGGGUGCUGAAGAGCGCCGCGUUUGCGGCUGCUGCCCGGGUUCGCCCUGGCCGCGCUGCUGCAAAGCACCCGGUGAGGAGGGAACAAAGAAGAAAACUUCCUGUCCAGGCCUUGGUCUCUUUUACACUGUACUGUCUGCCUUCCUUUUCUCAGUGGCCUCUUUAUUUCUUAAAAAAAUAGAAGAUGUACACUCAGUGGAAGUGAGUGCAUUUCGCUGCAUUUUCCAAAUGGCAUUUGUUCUACCUGGUCUAAUAUACUACAAAACAGGGUUUUUGGGACCAAAAGGUAAAAGAAUUUUUCUUUUCUUCCGAGGAUUCCUUGGCUCUAGUGCAAUGAUUCUUCUCUACUAUGCUUUCCAAGUAAUGCCUCUAGCUGAUGCCACUGUUAUAACUUUCAGCAGUCCUGUUUUUACAUCAUUACUGGCAUGGAUCUUUCUCAAAGAAAAAUACAGCAUUUGGGAUCUUCUCUUUACCCUCUUCACAAUCACUGGAGUGAUUCUAAUUGCCAGACCACCGUUUCUGUUUGGGUCAAAUGUUACAGGAAUUGAAGGAAGUUACUCAGAUCACCUUAAAGGAACUAUUGCAGCAAUUGCAAGCACAGUAUCUGCAGCUUCAACUAUUGUUAUACUUAGAAAGGUGGGGAAAUCUGUGCAUUAUUUUCUGUCAAUUUGGUAUUAUGCGGUCAUUGGUUUAAUUGGAUGUGUUAUAGCAUUGUUUGUUAUGAAUGAGUGGCGUUUACCGUACUGUGGUAAAGAUAGAGUUUUUCUUAUAUUGAUAGGCGUAUUGGGACUAGGGGGUCAGAUAUUUCUCACAAAAGCAUUGCAGAUAGAGAAAGCUGGACCUGUGGCCAUAAUGAGAUCGAUGGACGUGGUGUUUGCUUUCAUUUUACAGAUUCUUUUUCUCAAUCAUCUACCAACAUGGUGGACUGUGGGAGGUGCCCUUUGUGUAGUAGCUAGUAGUUCUGGGACUGCCAUUCGUAAGUGGAAACAGAGCUCAAAAAAAGCCGAACAAAAUGAAAUCUAACAAUGCAGACACUACUUCAUUACAGAAAUUAAUAAUCUUGAAAUAUAUAUAAAAUAUUUAUUUUUAUUUAUUUAAACUAUCUCAUUUAUGAAAUUAUAGUACCAAGCUGUACCCAAUAAAAGAAAUCAGUUUUAAUAAAAACAAAACAACAUCAGCAACAAAUUGAAGAUGUUUUAACAACUAAUUCAAUAUGUAUACUUUUUUUCCCCCUCAUUCUUGGGCAUGCAAAUAUGAAAAGUAGGAAGAUUUUUAAAAGUUGCUUGCUUUGCAUCUGAAGUGGAUGGUAGUUGGCUGGGAUUUUUGUUUUCCUAAAGUACCUGUACCAGAUUGUCCACUUUUUUGGGCACUUUCUCUAUUCUUCUGAGCAGUGGAAUUUUCCCAGGCUUAUUUGGACUAAUCUAUGAUUGAUCAUGAGAGGGAUUUCAGUUCAAAUAAUUAGAAGGGAAUGAAGAAUUAUAAUCCUACAGACCUCGAACUUCUAUGGAGCAGAUAAAGCUCGCAAUUUACCAACUUUCUCCUUUUUUUUCCCCUCACUUCUCCCUUCCCGACCCCCCCCCAGAAAAAAAAUCCAACAACAAAACAAACAGAAACCAAAGGCGUUGGGAUGUUUUUAUUGGAAUUCUGAAAGAACAUCUUUUGAGUCGUGUCAAGACAAAAUUAACUUCUGGGAAUUCUUUCAACUUUGCUUUCUUUAAAAAAAAAUAUUGCUUGUUCCUACUUUACAGGCACAAUGAAACAAUCCCUAUUUUAAUAUGUUCUCAGCAAAUACAUCUUUAGUUGCUGCAAUCUUAGUGAGGAGAGGUAAUAGGUAUCUAUAUACCACUUGUAAGCUCUUUCCUGUGGUAUAGAAUGUUAUGCUGUAGCUGCACUUUUCUUUACUCUAUGCAAAAGAUUGUAUUUUUUAGAUAUUUAAUAUAGGUUAUUUUAAAUGAUACUUAGGAGUUAUUUCUUUAUAUCCUCUAAAAAAGUUCUUUAUGAGACCGUCUAAGUUCUCUUGGCCUUCAUAAGGUUGAGCAAAUGCUUUAAUGUAAAUCCUUUUUCCUGAGACUUUACAGGAGAGUGCACACUACUCAUGGUUCACAGAAAAUACACGUUUGCCAACCUCAUAGCACAGAUUCUAUAGAACAGGUUUGUGCAGCACUUGGUGGGAGGGUGGAGCUCACACUUGCUCCAUCAGACAGUGCUGUUGGGCAGCUUCUGCCCCAUUUCUCCAGCUGUUUUUAUGUCUGCACUUAGUCACUUCCCUUACACAGCUUCUCAUGUUGAUAGGCUUUCACUUUAGAUAGUGAUGAUGUUGAUAGGCUUUCACUUUAGAUAGUGAUGAAUACUGAGGAAAAAGGCUUAUGUUACUGAUUUCGGCCCCCUCGCGUUUGAAGGAGGAAUAUAUAUUAAAUGUGGGGUAGGGGGAUUUUCUUUAAUGAAUUGUUGUGUGCUUUUGGGUCUUGUCUUGGUAGUGACAAGAGAAACUUCACUUGGGUCUUUAUCUGGUCCUUUGUAUCACAAGGUGUUUCUCAGUUAUUUACACACCCCCACAUCUUUCUAAAGGAGCGUGUUGUAGCCAAUAGCCAUUGCACUCUGGGAGAGAAGCCCUUGAAGAGUUGAUCCCUGAAUAUCAUACUUCAGAGUGUAUCUAGAUGAGAGGAGCUAUCUUUGUGCAAGAUUUCAUACUUCAGUUAUUAUGGACAUGAGCAGAUUCCAUCCUAGAGAUAAAAUCACUUUCUGCAUAUAGCUGUCUGUUUACUGCUCCUGAAGGCUGAAGUUAGCCACUCCUGACAUUGCCAGCAAUAGUAUAAAACUGGUUUUUCAUCUCUUUUAAAAAUAUGGCCUAAUAAUUGCAUUCCAGUUUAAUUCUGCUUACCACUUGAAAUUGUAAACUGGGAUUUCUGCUGCUGCUCGGCCAUCAUUGCCACUGAGUAACACAUUUCAAGGGAGGGAUGGAAAAUAGACUGCAUUUCUUACUGCUUCACUUCAUGUUUAAUAUGCACACAUUUGUAAGUUAACACUCACAAAGGUGCAGUUCUAAAGCAGUUCAGAUUGAUGUACAAUUGGGUUGUCAGCUGGUUCUGGUUCCUCCCAUUGGCUCAAUGUGGCUGCUUAUGGGGGUUAUGUGAUGAGCUGAUCCAGCUGAGUAACUUGAUUUGUUGGGUUGCUGCAGAGGGCCAAACUACAGUGGCCUGAACUUAAUCACUAAAUCAAAAAAUGUCGAAUGAAGGGGAGGUGGGUAGUAGUUUAAAUUGCAGUAUGUGAACACUACUUUGUCAGUACACAGUUUAAAACAAAAUAAGUGGGAACUUAUUAAAAAAAAAAUAACAGUCUCCAGCUCAUAUGGAUUCAGUGGUUAUGAAUCUUGUUUACAAAUAGUAGAGAAGUACACACUACUAAAGAAAGAUUUUUUUUUUUCUUGCACUAAACAUGUAUGAACUGACCUGAGAUCAGCAACUUGGUAUCGUACUUUCUAAAAAAUUAUUAUUAUCCUUGAGUUGGAAACCCUAAUUGAGAGUAUUUCUUUACAAUGCCUGGUAACAUGGUCAGAUUCCUUUCCCCAGCUUACUACUUGAGAAUGUGACCUAAAACUGGCUGAGCCUCGAUUCUUUCUGAUAAGCUUUCUUUUGUAGUUUUAAUACAGCAAAUUCCUCAGGGUCAAAUGUUAUUUUUUUUCUUCUAAGCUUCAUGUCAAAUGUAUUGCUAAUGUUCAUCACCUGUAAUGUCAUCUUAUGAUCUUUACAGUACUUAAGUUCAAUAAUGUGCAUUUACAACAGAAAACCUUUGUAAUGUGAUGGAGUAUUGCAUUGUAAUUGCUGUUCUAUGAAGUUACUCUUGAAUUCCAAUGUAUUUAUUCAAUGUUCAGAUUUCAGUGGGUCCUGAACAGAGAAAGUAACAGAUAAUUAUUGGUUGUUUUGCACAUGGGCAUAGGGUGAAAAGGUUUUGUUGUUACAGAUUCAUCACAAGCAUGUUUCUUAUGUUCUUUGCUAUGCAAUUCACUGUAAUCAUCUGCUGUCUCCACUGGGACUUUGCAGCCUUCGAGCCUUACCUACUUGACUCUUACAUAGAGCCAGUAGCUAAAACUGUAUUGACACUGUGCAGCAGCCAGUCACUUUCAGCAUACACUGGUUGUCAAAAUAUGCUCUAAAAGCCUUCUAAGGAUGCCCACACAAUGAACUUGUCAUAUUCUUACUGUGGGAAAGUGUAGUCUGUAUAAUUAAAAUUAAUUUCUUGCAUUUGUUGAACACCAGACAUAGAAGUAGCCUCAGCAUGAGUACUGGAAAAGUAACUAGUUUGGUGUGUUAUCUUUCUUCUUCUGAAACAAGUCUCUUUUCCAAAUUCAAAUACUGUUCUGAGAUGGAUCUUUCUGUAAUUGAUGAUAACAAGAAAGAUAAUAAUGCCUUUAAUGAUAACAUGGUAUAAUGACCCUUACCCUCUGUUUCUUUUUCCUUGAUGAGCUUUAUUCAGGACAUGUCUCCUGGAGGAAAGUCUGUUUCUAAGGGGGCAGCCUCUUCAGUAGUCAAUUACUUGUUAACUGGCAGUGGAUAGCUUGGAAUAGUCAGUUUUCUGGUUCUCCACUGGCUGUGGUUUUUGUUCAUUCAAACAAGAGUUUGCAGUGCUGACAGCAGAUGUGCAACACUGACUUCAGCAGGGCUUUGCAGUUACCAACAGAAUGUUUUCACGGUUGUUAACUGCCUGUCCAUCCAAAGAGAAGUUGUGGCUUUAUGUUCCUGCAAAUGCAGGUAACCUCAGUGCAAAACUUAUGCACUUCUAUAAAUUGUUGGUGAUAACACUAAUGUAUAUGAGAAUGAGUGAUUUCAUAUUUUAUGCAAACUGUUGUUUGACAAAAAUGGGGUAAAAAUGCCCUCUGUUAAGAUUUUUACUAUGUCCUAUCUAUUGUUAAAUUAUAUGUUUUGUAGAAGUUACUGGCUUUGUUAUGUAGUAGUAUAUUUUUAUAGACACCUCUUAUAUAUUGAAAUGUGAAGAAUAUUUUCAUAAGAGAUUUAUAUUCAUUGUUGCUAAUAAAAUGAACCUGAAGAAUUAA